GGUUGGUUCUGUGGGGAGGUCCCAGGGAGAAUUACAACCUCUUCAUACCGAAUUUGCAAAUUGUCAUUCACGUACCGACUUUAGGGUAACAGCCUACCGGUAGGCUACUUCAUUUACUACUGCAUACCGCCACCCUCUGGAUGGGUAACUUUUUGGACAACACAAGAAAAGAGUUGAUUUCCUUUUUGGAAAAAAGACUGACAUAUUUCCACUGGAAAGCCCUUGGAGGGAUGCUGUUCAUAACAACAUGGAAACAAGAUAUGUCUUAGUCAUUGUGCUUCUAAGUGUCUUCUGUUGUUGGACUUACAGCCAAGAACUAAAUCCCUUCGGCAGAUAUGUAUGCAAAACUGAAUCUGACAGGCUCCAAUGUUGUAGUGGCUGGGCACAGCAAGGAGAUGAGUGCUUAAUACCAAUUUGUGAGGGUAACUUCACCUGCAAAGAAAAUGAAGUUUGUGUGCGACCCCACGAAUGCCGCUGUCGUCAUGGUUAUUUUGGAGCCACUUGUGAUAUGAAAUGUCCGUUUAAGUUCUGGGGGCCUGACUGCAAGGGUAAGUGUGAUUGCCAUCCCAACGGGAGGUGCGAUGAUGUCACUGGGGCCUGCACCUGUAACCCUAAUCGCUGGGGGCCAAACUGUGAGCGAGCCUGCGACUGCCAGAAGGGCCAAUGCAACCAGGAGACAGGCGCUUGUAUGUGCUACACAGGCUAUUGGGGCCCUCAGUGCUCUAACAACUGUUACUGCAGAGUAAACUCUGUGUGUGAUGUGGGAACUGGCCAGUGCCACUGCCAUCCUGGCUGGUAUGGGAGGUACUGCGGUGCCAAGUGUGCCUGCAAUGCCUCUCCGUGUGACCAGCUCACCGGUCGCUGCAAGUGUCGAGAGCAUCUGUGGGGUACUCACUGCGAGCACAAGUGCCAGUGUCUCCAAGGACGCUGUAACUCGGCGGAUGGAUCGUGCACCUGCAAGCCAGGAUUCAGAGGGAAGUUCUGCAGGGAGACGUGUCCAGCUGGAUUCUACGGACAAAAUUGCAGAAACAGGUGUGGUCACUGCAAAGGCCAGCAGCCCUGCAAGGUGGCAGAGGGACAUUGCAUCGCAUGUGAAAGCGGUUGGAAUGGCACCAGGUGUGACCAGAUGUGUGCUCCUGGGUUCUUUGGUGAAAACUGCAAGGACGUUUGCUCAUCCUGUAAAGACGGACACUUCUGCAACCGCAUCGACGGAAAAUGCCCCCACUGCAACCCUGGUUGGAUGGGUGAUCGAUGUGAGGUCAAGUGCCCAAAUGGAACCUAUGGAGAGAACUGUGUCAAUGACUGCAACAGCUGCUUCAAUGGGAUGUGUCACUUCGCCACAGGAAAUUGUCUCUGUAAUCCUGGCUUCUCUGGUGCUUACUGUAAUGUGAGCUGUUCAGCGGGUCAGUAUGGGCUUAACUGUACCCAGACCUGUUCCUGCCAUGACAACAACUGCAACAUAGUGACUGGAGCAUGCAACCUACAGCCUAACAAGAGGAUGGGUGUGAUGGCAGCAGGGGUGCUGGUCACCUGUCUCCUGCUCCUCUCCUUGCUGUGUUGCUGCUGCGUCUGCAGACAGAACGACCCUGAGAAAAGGUCCAAAAGAAGACUAUGUGGAGGGUUCACACGAAUCAGCUCUAAACUUCCUCAUAUCCCACUGAGACGGCAGAAGCUACCCAACGUUGUUGUGUCCCACCAUGACCCUGAGAAUACUUUCAACUGUAGUUUCAUUGAGCCCCCCUCUGCAGUGGAGCAACCCACCGCCUCCGGGUCAUCCAGAGCGUCCUUCUCUUCCGUAGAGACCACAGAGGACGGACAUGUCUAUGCUGUGCCUGACGAGAAGAAAAAGAAAGGGGACAGAAUCAACACAACAGAGACUACAGUCCUAGCUGAUGAUGAUGUCUCUGAGGUAGACACAUUGCCGGAGGACAGGGAUAUGACUGAGCAGGCUUCAGUUAACACCAGUGAGCUGCCACUCCAGAAGUCAUCAGAGAGUGAGGCCUCCUGCAGUGGCACAGAGUCAACCACCAGCACCCUCUGCCUCAGGGUCUCUGCCCCUCAGCCACCACAGCAGUCCAGCAAGGAGCCAGAGAACAAUGGCGGGUCAAACAAUGUCAAAUAUAAUGGAAAGCCUAUAGCUGCUGAGAGGAUUAAACCACAGCCACCAGACCCCUCCACCAAGCCCAAGCUCUCAUGGAUCCAUGCAUCUCCUGGGUCAAAUCAGAAAAGUCAGGAAGAGACUGUGGCUGAGGAUAACAUUUGUUCCAGAAAGAAAGCCAGCAAGCAGCGAGCUCCCAACGCCCCAGAGUCUGCAGGUACAGAUGGGGCCAGCUCCCUAGGUGAGAAGAAGCCUAAUAAAAGCAGACCAGGUCUGUUGCAGAUAGAGCACAUCAAUGGGGCAGUGCAGAGUGUCCUGAGGAAAAUGGGCAAUUUCCGUGUUGACCGGAAAGCUGCAAUCCCCAAAGAGUCCCCAGAGAAGAGGCCCAGCUUAUCCCUAAACAGGGAGGUUAACCAACCGAACAUACACUCUGAGGUAGCCUCUCUCUUUACUGCUCAGCUGAAGGAGAAGACUCAGAGCCUGAACAGGAGCGAGGCCGGCAGCUGUGAAGAGAGCCUGUCUCACCUCCAGGCCCAGAGAAAGAAGCCCACCCCGCCCCAAAAGACCUCGGGCACCCAGCCUGGAGCUGGAAAGGAUUUGCUUCCCACAUCCGACAGCUCACAGAAGCCUCUGCCAGAUAGUCCAUCUAAAGAAGCCAAAUACCAAGAGAAACAAGAUUCUAGCAACUCUGAAAGCAGCUCAGAUAAGGGAGAGCCCAAAAAUAAGACCCCAAUGAAAAAGCCUCCUCGGAAAAAGAGCAAGGAAGGUAAUGUAGACUCAAAAAUACAGACUACAGCUCCAAAGGUUGCAGUGAUGCCACCAAAGGCUUCAAAUUAGCACAGCCAGUCUGAAUGUUUCUCAAUUCUGGAAAAACAAUGACGCACAUGUUGUGAUGCUUGAAAUAAUUGAUUGGGCACAUGUUUCAUUGUGUUUAGCACCAACUCAAAUUAACGAUGGAAUCUUUUCCCGUGGGUGGAUGUUUUUGAUCUUGAGAAAUGUUAUUAUACAAUGCAGUAUUCUUUAUAUUUGAACUUUUUAUAUUCCUUCACUUUAGUUAUUAUCAAAUCAAUAUAUUAGUAAAAGUGCUAAGACAUCAGAAUAAUUAUUUACCCUCGUUAUUUUAUUCAUUUUCUAAUUUGUUCAUAUCGAAUAGACCAAACACCCCAAAAUCUGGAUUUUGCAUCUCCCAUAUCAAAUCAAUAUUUUAAAUUGGAAAGUCGAUCCCACUGCCCAGAACUUUGGAGCCACGACAGGGCCUCAGACAAACAAGAGGUGUGGUGUAUUGAUGGUGGAACAGUCUGGGGUCUGUGUAGAGGGCCCUGUGGCUGUCUGACACAUGUGCUACAGUUGUGUGUGUGUGCAGUUUGUUGGGGGAGAAUGGUAGACUUUGAGGCAGCUGUAAAGACUACAGAAGAUCAUAUGGUGUUUAAUUGAAUCCAGACAGUUGGCACCGGUCGUCCUGAAUCCAUGAUGUGACCUGCUUAGACAGGAACAUCUCUCCCUUUGCUAUCAGGAGUCACAGACAAAGCAAAGGCACGUUUAGGAGCAGCAAGGUCCUGCAAAUAAGUUAUUAAACGUAAAUAAGUAACAUUGCAAGUAAGUAACAUAGUAAGAUUUGCAGAUCACUUGAAAUAAUACAGGAGCAUGUCCUCACAGACCAGCUGCCGUGUUGUGAACAUUAGAUCAUAACGAACGCAUUUAUAGAGGCUACAAUGGUUGAGUGUACAAACAUGCUUUCAAGGCACGACUGUGUGCAUUGCUGCACGCAUAGGCGUCUAUACAUCAUUAUUUCAUUCUAGAAGUUUUACUGUGGAAAAGGGAUGGGGACUAGUGGUGGGAAGGGGACUAGAAUUACGUUUUGACUCCCUGUUUAAACAUCUCCGUGUAGCUUGGUCUGUAACUGAAUGCCAAGCCUUGAGAAGCAACCGCCAACUCAAUCCUGUCCCAGAAUCCUCUUGGGAGACAGUGGUUAGCAUAGAGACACCCUAUGAAAGCAUUAACAUCUUGUAGACAUUACAUCGAUGGAAAAACAUUUACGACUUGAGGGAAAAAAGCAAAUAUUUUGCACUAAGCAAAGCAGAAAACCUAGAGUGAUAACACCUAAACAUCAGUAUGACCUAAUUGGAAACCUUGGUCUCAGAAAAACAUAAGUUGUUACCUAAAUAUGGUUUGAAUUUGUUGUCUUAUUAUAUUUUUGGAAUGCCAAGAUGGUACAGGAUCAUUCACUGUGAGAUUGUAUUUUCUGAAAUUUUGUAUAAAAAAUGACUUUGGA